AUGCCUGCGAAAAAAGAUGAACUGCAAAUCUCAACCUCCAUGGGUGCCGAAGACCGUGAGCUCAGCCAUGGCUCGAGCUCCGCCUCUCUUGACCCCGUCAAGGAGGCCAAAAUGAUGAGAAAAUUUGAUUUUUUUGCAGUUGGCAUGUUGGGUAUUCUGUAUCUGCUCGCGAAUCUCGACAGGUCGAAUAUAGGGAAUGCUCAAGUCGCUGGAAUGCCCGACGAGCUCGGCCUCGUCGGGAACCAGUACGGUAACGCUGUCACACUCCUCUACGCGACAUACGUUCCAUUCGAACUGCCUGUCGCCGUGUUGCUCAAGAUCAUUGGCCCGAAGUAUCUCAUCACUUUCUGCGCCGCUGCCUGGGGACUGGUAUGUCUUGCCACUGGAUUCGUUCAAAACUGGCAAGGGCUGUACACCUGCCGCCUCUUGAUUGGUCUCUUCGAAGCCGGUCUUAUACCCUGUAUCAACGUUUAUCUCGGCAUGGUGUACAAGAAGAGCGAGCGCGGGAAGAGAUCGUCCGUUAUCUUCGCCUUCAGUGCAUUCGCCUCCGCUUUUGGCGGCAUCCUUGCCUACGCCCUUACCCAGAUCAAGACGAGCACCUACUUCACCUCGUGGAGGGCGCUGUUCAUCUUCGAGGGCGGCCUUACUCUCGUCUGCGUCCCCUUCUUCUGGUACCUCUUCCCGCAUGAGCCGCGCAAGGCGUGGUUCCUGACGGAGGAAGAGAAGGACAUGAUGAAGAUGCGAUACGAACUCGAUCCGCACUGGGGCAUUGACGAGAAGUUCACCUGGUCUGCAGUCGUGAGCGCGCUGGUGGACCCGAAAUGGCAUGCGUUCUGGAUCUUCCAGUUCUCGGUGGACGUGUCGCUUUACGGCUUCACGACGUUCUUGCCCAAGAUCAUCAACGGGCUGGGAUACAGCUCGGUGAUGGCGAAUCUGAUGACGGUGCCCAUCUACUUCUGGGGCCUGAGCACGUUCCUGUUCACGGCGUACAUGUCGGACAGGCAGCGGCAGCGGGGCUACUGGAUCGCGGGGCCGCUGGUGUUCCUGGUCAUCGGAUACGCAAUCCUCAUUUCAGUGGACUCUGUCGGGGUGCGCUAUUUUGCCUGUUUCGUGGCCGUCAUGGGCAUCUAUCCGACGACAGGCCUCAGCAUGAUGUGGCUGCAGGACAACGCGGCGCAGCACUUCAAGCGGGCGACGAUGGUGGGCGGGGCGCUGACGCUGGGAAACACGGCGGGCGUUGCCGUCGGGCAAAUCUUUACGACGGAAUCGGCGCCACGCUACAUCAAAGGCUUGUCGAUCGCGCUUGGACUUGCAGUGGUUGCGCUCUGCAUGGUGGGCGCGCUGAUGGUGGGCAUGGCGCGGGCAAACCGGCGGCGGGCGGAGCGGCUGCGCAAGGCGGAGGAGGCGGGCGUGCCGCUGCAGGCGCAGCCGGAGAAGGGCGACAUGGACGUGUAUUUUGUGUACAGCCUGUAG